AUGAUACUAGCGAAAAUAAGUCUACAUUCCUUGGAGGAAAUAAUUAUUUUUAAUUGGGCAAUUAAAUUAACCGAUAAAUACGCAAGUACUAAUAAUGCUGCUACUUCAAAAUGUAGGAAAUAACCAAAUUGUGUUAGAUUCAACGCUAUAGAUGCAGACCAAUAACAACUGCUACUACCUCAACUUCAGCAUUUAAAAAAAAAACAGGUUAUGAAAAAGUUACAAUAAUAACUGAUUCUGAAUUUGAUUCUUAUUUAAGUCGAUGUGUCACUCGUAGUAAAGGAAGUACUCAAAAUAUAAAACCAUGCACAUCAUACAGAGGAAUUAAAUAAUUAAGUAAAUUAUUUAAAAAAUUAUUGGACUGGAUAUUAAUAUGAAUACCACUUCUGAAUAAAGUUCUGACGAUGCUGGAAAUACUGAAACUAAUAAAUGCAAAGUAAGAAGUUGUACUGAAACACUUCAGCUAUAACCGAUAUUGAAUGUGCCACUUAUCAAGAAAUGUUAUAUAAAUAAGAGUAUUGGAUGUGUUGGUGCAAUAUAGGUCAUGCUCGUAGCUUGCUCAAAAUUUAAGGGAUCUUUACUAAAUCAAAUUGUGUUAAGAAGAAGUGCAGUAAUAUUUCAAGUAAACACAAAAAAGAAUGUAAUGAUGGUAAGCCACAAUUUAUAACAAUUAAUGAUCCUUUCUGUGUCUUUGAUGGAACUUCAUGUAUUUAUUAUGGAAAACUUUGUAAUGCUUUCAAUUAAACUUAAUAGACAGGGCACUAUUUUUGUCUAAAAUGGUCCACGCAAAACUACAAAAGUUGGAACUGCCAAAGAAACAUGUGUUAAUAGAUAAUUUACAGAAACACUCAAUACUCUUACAACUGAUACCGAUUUUCAGAAGCAUCAUAAAGAUUGUUGUACUUCUGGUUAUGGAUACAAAAGUAUUAAAUAAUUUAAAUAUUUGAAAUAAUAGGCUCCAUGCAAAAUAAGAGAUGA